GAAACGCAGCAUUACCAGCAAAACAAUAGUGAUUAACGUUUGUUAUUAUUAGUCCUCGAAUAAAGUUGUGUAAAAAUGAUUAAAAAGUGCUUCGUGUUCCUUGGAUUGGUAGCAGCAAUUGCUGUUGCAGCGUACGCACCACCGCGUACAUACGUCGAUUAUUACGUUGCCAAUGGUACCAAUAAAUCUCACCACUUAAUAGCUGGUAGCAGACUACCUGGCGAUCGGUUGUUCUUCCAAGAGUACAUUGUUAAGGCAUCUUCAUGGCUACAAGUUGUUAGUCUUGAAAAAACCUUCAGUGUAGGCAACUUCAAUCGCAUAACUCAACUCCAAGCAUUGGACCAGAAGACAAAUGGAAAUGGAGCUUACGCUAAAAUAGUUAAAGGCGGCCCUGGAACCAGUAAUGUCACCAUUAAAUUCAAGAGCCAACGAAGCCAUGGUAUUAAUUUCCGGGUACUUCUCUUUGCCAGAUAAAAAAAAUUUUAUUAUUUUUCGGUAUUGAAUAAAUAUGUUCUACUGUAAUUUAUCACAAUUUUUGUUAAUUGAUUAUAUAUAUGAAUAUGGUAAAAAUAUGUAUGAUGAAUUAAAAUAAAAUAGUUCAGCUGCACAAAUAUAAAAAUAAA